CUCUCCGCUUCUCUUGCGAAAUUUCGCGGACCGUCCCGCCCUUCUCUGGCUUCUUAUAGCAGCCAGAGCCACAAGCCCCAGCACUGAGCUGCAGGCGCCGCGAAACUUCUCUCUACCCGCCCGGCCCGCGGCGCGCACCGGCUGCGCAGGACGCUUCCUCCUCGGAAGCGCCUCUCCCACAGUUAUGGAGAAAACUUGUAUAGAUGCACUUCCUCUUACUAUGAAUUCUUCAGAAAAGCAAGAGAUUGUAUGUAUUUUUGGAACUGGUGAUUUUGGAAGAUCAUUGGGAUUGAAAAUGCUCCAGUGUGGUUAUUCUAUUGUUUUUGGAAGUCGAAACCCCCAGAAGAACAAUCUACUGCCCAAUGGUGCAGAAGUCUUGAGCUAUUCAGAAGCAGCCAAGAAGUCUGACAUCAUAAUCAUAGCAAUCCACAGAGAGCAUUAUGAUUUUCUCACAGAAUUAACUGAGGUUCUCAAUGGAAAAAUAUUGGUAGAUAUCAGCAACAACCUCAAAAUCAAUCAGUAUCCAGAGUCUAAUGCAGAGUACCUUGCUCAGUUGGUGCCAGGAGCCCACGUGGUAAAAGCAUUUAACACCAUCUCAGCCUGGGCUCUCCAGUCAGGAGCACUGGAUGCAAGUCGGCAGGUAUUUGUGUGUGGAAAUGACAGCAAAGCCAAGCAAAGAGUGAUGGAUAUUGUUCGUAAUCUUGGACUUACUCCAAUGGAUCAAGGAUCACUCACAGCAGCCAAAGAAAUUGAAAAGUACCCCCUGCAACUAUUUCCAAUGUGGAGGUUCCCCUUCUAUUUGUCUGCUGUUCUGUGUAUCUUCUUGUUUUUCUAUUGUGUUAUAAGAGACGUAAUCUACCCUUACGUUUAUGAAAAGAAAGAUAAUACAUUUCGUAUGGCUAUUUCCAUUCCAAAUCGUGUCUUUCCAAUAACAGCACUUACACUGCUUGCUUUGGUUUACCUCCCUGGUGUUAUUGCUGCCAUUCUACAACUGUACCGAGGCACAAAAUACCGUCGAUUCCCAGACUGGCUGGACCACUGGAUGCUUUGCCGAAAGCAGCUUGGCUUGCUGGCUCUGGGAUUUGCCUUCCUUCAUGUCCUCUACACACUUGUGAUUCCUAUUCGAUAUUAUGUACGAUGGAGGUCGGGAAACCUAACCGUUACCCAGGCAAUACUCAAGAAGGAGAAUCCAUUUAGUACCUCCUCAGCCUGGCUUAGUGAUUCAUAUGUGGCUUUGGGAAUACUUGGAUUUUUUCUGUUUGUACUCUUGGGAAUCACUUCUUUGCCAUCUGUUAGCAAUGCAGUCAACUGGAGAGAGUUUCGAUUUGUCCAGUCCAAACUGGGUUAUUUGACCCUGAUCUUGUGUACAGCCCAUACCCUGGUGUACGGUGGGAAGAGAUUCCUCAGCCCUUCAAAUCUCAAAUGGUAUCUUCCUGCAGCCUAUGUGUUAGGGCUCAUCAUUCCUUGCACCGUGCUGGUGAUCAAGUUUGUCCUAAUCAUGCCAUGUGUAGACAACACCCUUACAAGGAUCCGCCAGGGCUGGGAAAGGAACUCAAAACACUAGAAAUCAGCAUUGAAUGGAAAAUCAAAUAUUUAAAACAAAGUUCAAUUUACAUGGAGAUGGAGUUCUGAACUACAGUGUUGAAUGUUUAAAGAAGAAUGAUGGAUAUAGUUAGGAAAGCUUUUUUCUUACACCGUGACUGAAGGAAACACUGCCUGUGUUUGAGAAAUUGACAUACUGGAAGAGAUCACCAUUUUAUCUCAGGUUAGUGAAGAAUCAGUGCAGAUCCCUGCCUCUUAUUUUCCCGGAGGCUAUGGGGCUGAGAUUGAAAUUAGCUUUGUGGUUUUACACUAAAGAGUUUCCUUACUAUGGGCAACAUGUAUGACCUAAUAUCUUGCAAAAUCCAGUAGAAGUAUGUGCAACUUCCUUCUCUGGCUCAAGGGCUGAGUUAAGUGAAAGGAAAAACAGCACAAUGGUGACCACUGAUAAAGGCUUUACUAGGUAUAUCUGAAGAAGUGGGUCACAUGAAAUGUGAAAAGGGAAUGAGUUUUUUUGUUGUUUUUUGGAAGUAAAGGCAAACAUAAAUAUUACCAUGAUGAAUUCUAGUGAAAUGACACCUUGACUUUGCUAUUCUCAAUACAGAUAUUUACUGAAGGGAACUAUUUUUAUAACACAAGAAAAAUUUACAAUUGAUUAAAAGUAACCAUGUCUUGGAUACAUGCAAAUCUAUAGAGUUGGCAUGUAAUUCUUCCUCUACAAAGAAUAGGUAUAGGAAAGAUUGAAUAAAAAUGGAGGGAUAUCCACUUGGAUUUCACUUGCAUUGUGCAUUAGCAAAGAAGGGUUGAUAAAAGUUCUGGAUCAAAAAGUUCAAAUGAACCAGAAUUUUAGACAGCAAGCUAAAUAAACAUUGUAAAGUUGCACUAUAUUAGGUUUAGUAUUAUUUAGGUAUUAUAAGAUGCUUUGUAAAUUUUAUAUUCCAAAUAUUAUUCAAUAUUUGCCAUCUAUUAAUUUCUAGU